UUCCCCGCAGGGAUUAUAAGAAACCAACACUGUCUCUGCAUCGCAAACAAAUGAAGAUACCAACGAGAGCACGUCUUCUACCAAGAAACCAAGCAGAGUCUCCUCCUGAAGAUGGUGAAAGAACGUGACAACCGGACCUCAGUUGUUGGGUCAGAGAGGUCACACAGAUGUGGCAGGUCCUGCCUCGGCCCUUUGACCUUCCACCCUCUGGCUGUCGGGGACAAGAUCCGGCUGAGCCAUGAAGGUCGGUUCGCACAGAGGACGGCGGACACGUUCAGGAACGGCCUGGUGUUCAGCGGCCGCCCGGUGAAGAUCCAGGAGAGGAUUCGCCUGAGGAUUGAAAAAGAUUUGCCCAACUGGGAAGGAGCCAUGCGCCUGGGCUUCACCAAUGUGCCGCCCUCGGACAGGUCUCUGCCUCUGCCCCCCCUGGCCAUUCCCAACAUCACCAAUGUCCAAGGCAACUGGGCCGCUGCACUGCAUCAAUCCUACUGCCAAGAAGGUUCAGAGCUGGAGUUCUGGCUCACUAAAGGAGGCUGCGUGUUCAUGAGAAGCAUCAACUUCAAGCAGCAUAAGCUACUGACAGGAGUGGAUCUCAGCCGUCCGCUUUGGGCCAUGAUAGACAUCUACGGACAGACAUGCGCCAUUUCCCUCCUGGGAUCAGAGAAAAAACAGUGUUUUUUCACACGGCGGUCGUGUCCUGCACCCGGAUACCUCCCCUCACCGGAGGCAGACAGCCACAACAGUUUGAUCCCUCUCUCAUGUCUCCAUGGAAACAGUGAUGGAUGGAUCUCCCACCUGGACAUAGAAGUUCCUGCAGCUAAAGGCAGCGUAACGAGCUGUGUGGUGUGCAUGGAAAAACAGCCCAAAAUCACUCUGUCUUGCGGCCACCAGUGUCUAUGUGAUGAGUGCGCAUUAAGAGUCUUCCAUCAGUUCGGCACCUGCCCGCUGUGCCGACACGAGAUCAGCGCUUCAUUGGUGCAGCUCCUAGAGGCGGGAAACACCAAAUACAAGCAACCAAGUGACCUUAAGGCAGAGAACAGACAGUGUUAGAUCAUUUGUUCUUGGAUGGUGAGGAGAUUACCUGAGCUCUCUGUGUGAAAUAACUGCAGGUUUGUUCUGAAUUCUAAAUAUGGAUAAUUGCAAGUAUGUGACCUUUGUUGAAGACAGUCAAUGACAUUGGCAUCUGGGAUCAUCACUAAUUUUGUAAAAAUAAAAAUGUUAUUUGUUUAUAUUUUCAUAUUGUUUGAUUACCAAAAUAUGACUACAUCAAUUAAAUGUAUUAUAUCUCUCA